AUCAAAAACUAUGUGACAGUAACACGCUUCCGUACAGUGUAGGUUAAAGCCGGGGUCCACUUUUUCCCUGGGACACAACAAAGAAACAUGAUCCUAAAAACUCUUUUUGGAAUUGCGCUGGCAUUGUGCUUUACGUUUAUUUUCAAAAUAGUUAUGUUCCUGGACUACCACAAAACACUGUGGAAUCACAGACCAGGAAAAUGUCACAUCGUGAAAGGAAUAGAUCAUGGAUCUGAGGACAUGCAGACGACCACGUCCGGUUUGACCUUUAUCACAUCUGGAAUAAAUGGAGAGUUUUUCGGAUCAGUCUUUCAAGAACAUUACAAAAAACAGAAAGUGAAAGGGCGAAUCAUGCUGUUUAACAUGGAGAAACCAGAAGAUGGAGUCAAAGAACUGAGGAUUGUUGGAAACAAUUUCAACUACAAAGAUUUCUUCCCUCAUGGUAUCAGUGUUCUAGAGGACAGAGGUAAAGUGCUCCUGUUUGUUGUGGUGCAUCGCACAAAGGAAGACACAGUGGAAAAGUUUGAGUUUCUGGAGAAGACUUUGGAAUUAAAACAUCUCAAAACUUAUACAGGAGCACUAGUUCACUUACUCAAUGAUGUAGCUGCAACAGGACCAGAUACGUUUUAUACAACCAAUUUUGGUUAUUAUCGCAGUCAUGUAGGACAUUUUUUGGAAAUCAUGUUGGGACUUCGCUUUGGAAAUGUUUUAUACUUCGAUGGUCAAGAUUUUAUCAUAGUGUCAGAGCCAACGUUCCUGGCAAAUGGGAUUGCUCUUUCAAAAAAUAGAAAAAUCGUGUAUAUUAACUCCAGUGAAGGUAAAAAGAUGCUGAUGUACAAAAGGGAAGCAAAUAACAAGCUUACCAAAGUAAAUGAAAUUGAGCUUGAUACCUUCCCAGACAACCCCGUGGUUGAUCCUCAAACAGGAGAUGUCUUGCAGGGCUGCCAUCCAAUAGGUUUCAAAGCCAUGCAACAUUUAAGUAACGCAGUUGAUCCAGGUGUAUCGCAGGUACUGAUGGUGCACAUGGACAAGAGUGGUGCUAAUGUGACAGGCAUCACGGAGCUGUUCUCAGAUGACCUUGAACUCUAUGGUUCCAGCGUAGCAACAUUAUAUAAAAACCGCAUGUUGAUUGGUACAGUGUGUCACAAAAUGAUGUACUGUGAAGUUAAGACAUUGGAAUAAAUAUAUCUGAAAUCCCUGGGCAUUGUAUUCUAGUUUCCUUAAACGUUCUAAACAAAAGUCUGAAUAGAAUUCAUAGAGAUGAGCUAUACAUUAACAGUAGUUUUCAAUAUGAAAUGCAGAAAAUAUGUUGCCUCGAUGGUUUUGUUUGGGCCCAUCAUAAAUGUAUAUGUAUAUUUUGAAAUCUACAUUUUGUAAGUAUGAUUAUAAAUAUUUUCCAUGCAAUGUUAUAUUUAUUCAUAGAAUUAUUUUGGGAUAUCUUUUUUGACCGGUGCUAUUUCUUAACGUUCAUAUUGCAUGACUGGGGUAUAUAAAGAGAUAUAUGAAGAUAUAUGAGAUAUAUGAAGAGAUAUAUAAGGAAAUAUGAAGUGCAAGUAAUAACGAAAUAUUAAGGAAUCACGCCAACCACUUCAUAUGAAACUUCUCACUAUGAUUAUAAAUAUUUUACAGCUAUAUUUAGCAUGUAUAUCACAUGAACAAAAUAUGUAGGGAGAAGGAUUUUGCUUUCAUGAUAAGUUUUACAUUGAUAUUGUUUUACUUUUUUCAGAAGGAAUGAGUGGAGUAAAAUGUGACAAUUUUUACAAACUCAUUAUACCAUACGAAUAUUUGUACAAAUACAUUUUAUGCGACACUGUCAGAAUAUCAGACAGAACAAAAAGAUGUAUGUAGGAAAAAAAUUGUGCUGAUACAUUGUACAUGUUAAUUUAAUUUGUGAUUUAUUCUGAAUUAUAUUGUGAUAAAAUUGCUUUUCCAA